AGUUUAUCUCGGGCUGACUUGAGUGCACACACAGCAUUAAUUGAUCAUGCGCAGCUGAUACAGUACCGAAUUGUGUGCUUACCAUUUUCAUAUGAAUUGCAAUUAAUAUAAAGAACACUAAAGAAAAUUAUUUAUAAAAAUAAAUUUUUGUGAAUUGGAUCGUUGAAUAUUCAGCUGUUAUAUGUGUGUGGCAGAAUCACAUUGUAUAGUUUGCUCUUCGUUCUGUAUUUUUUUGUGUAGUGACCAAUAAGGAGUCUAAUUUUAUUCAAUUUGCGCGUACUUUUUUGUAACUAAUUUAUUUGCAUUAUUAAGUGAUGUCGUUGUAGUGAAGUUCGAGCAAUUACGUGAAAAAGCAUUUAGUCAAUGUGAACUUGAAAAUGAAUUUGUAAUUUUACCAAUUAUGGAUUGUGUUCUAUACGGAUAAGAUAAAAAAUUUUGUGUUGUUCGAAAAAACAGUGUGAAAACGUUCAUGAUGUGAUUGUAUACUAUCCGUUAUACACAAAAUAUUAUUAAACUGAAACGGAACGUGAAGAUCCGGAAACAUUAAUGUUAUUGGAAAAUUGAUUUACGUUGAAUAUAAGUCCAAGUCAUGGCCGGAAUAUUUCGAUACAACACAAGUAAUGCGACUCCGAAAAAAAGGCCGACGUUGAGUCCGUUUUGCACAAGCCCCGGACAAUUGCAAGAUGUCACCAUGGAUAACUCAUACGCUAUGGGUUAUCGUUCGCCGCCAUUCGCCGUUCCAAUGUCUGGUGGAAGCACGUCGCCCGGUCAAGGUCGUUCGAUUCGCGAACAUGACGAGCAACUGAAUGCGUUACGGAAGGAGAAUUUCAAUUUGAAGCUGCGCAUUUAUUUUAUGGAAGAGAAGACUUCAUCCUCCAAUUUGCCGGAAAGUUCGGAAUCGCUGUUUAAAGAAAAUGUUGAUCUUAAGGUUCAAGCCGAAGCUUUACGUGUCGAACUGAAGGAAAAACAAAAUCUAUUGUGCGAGGCUGCAACUGCAUUGGAACUGAUGGAACAGUCACAAAAGUCGAGAGAAGAGGCUUGCCAAUCAACCAUCGAGGAACUGAAUAGGAAAAUUGAAUUUUUAGAGAUGGAAAUUCAUUCGAUGGAAAAGCAUCAGGAUAAUACAAGCAUCGGUGAUUAUCUGGGUCGGUCGAUCGUGGAAUGUGAUUUCAAGAGCAGUGCUCGGGAAUCGAAUGUUAAAUGUAUUGAGUCAACCGAACAAAUGAUCCAAACGGAAAAGUUGUUGAGAGAAAAGGAAUGCGAAGUCGAAUUAUGGGAGGAGAAAUACAAUAAGCUUAAGGAGGAGUACUCGACACUGAAGAAUGAUAAUGAGAAAAGCUUCGAGCAAACCAAAUCGUUGCAAACUACCAAUGACAGUAUAAAGGAGUUAGCUGAAAAAGACUGCAUUAUCAUCACACUCGAGGAUCAAUUGCAAGAGAAAACGGUGGAAUUGGAGAAGAAAAGUUCUGCAUAUGAGAAAGCCUGUCAAAGUGUGGCGGUAUUUAUGUCGAAACAAAAUGUAUUAGAGAAAGAAUUGAACCAAUUGCGUCAGCGACUGCAGGGUAAUGCAAGCACUGGUUCAACGCCAACCAAAUCUAGUCACUAUGAAGAAAUCGAAAGUCUUAGAGCCGAACUCGAUUCAGCACGUAAAGGGGCAGAAGAGGCGCAUAAAUGGAGACAAGACUGUGCUGAUGUGUGUGGCAUGUUAACUGUUCGACUUAAGGAGUUGGCUGAAUUCUUGGAUUCGUUGUUGAAGCACAAAGAUAUUCUGGGUGUUCUGGCUCAAGAUCGUCGAAAGGCAAUGCGAAAAGCGGUGGACAAGAGUUUGGAUCUUUCCAACAGCCUGAACAAUAUUUCACUUUCGAUGACCGGUCGCUUCUCGAUGAACAAUUCAAACCUAACGAACAUCAGUUCAUUGUCCGAUAUUUUGAACAUCAGUCUCGACAACAAAGAAAACGUCCAGAAUUCGUCAUUCGAUCAGUCAGUCAACAGUCAAUCCAUGUUGAUCGAAAUGUUACGGGCCGAAGUGCGCAACUUGAAAGGCGAGGUCGAGAAGAACGCGAAAAAGGAUCGAAAGAUGAUGCCGAUUGUCAUUGAUCCGAAUUCCGAUUCGGAGGCCUGGUCAGAACCGGAUCGUAAUGUUUCAUUUGCCCGUAUUGGACUAGAAGAAUCGUCGAAAUUCGUCAAUACUAGCAGGUCGACUGGACACGAUGUAUCCAAGUCGACAACGGCCAGUGAAGAUGAUUUGAACAAAUCGUCGCGCAAGAAUUCGCCGCUGAAAUACCAGGAACGAAUUGCCGAACUGGAACUACUUAUUGCGGAGAGGGACAAUCAAAUUCUGAAGACUCAGUGCACAUUGGUCGAGAAGGAUAAUCAGUUGCAGGCAGAGCAUUUGAAGUUACUCGAUAUGAACAAGGAUCUUGACAAACAUCAAAAUGUGAACGAAAUGCUGGAAAUCGAAAUUGUCGAAUUCAAAGGCAAAGUCCAACAGGAUGCCAAUGAGUUGAAUCGGCUGAGAACAUUGCUGAGUGAAAAGGAGGCUGCUUUGCAGCAACUAACUACUGAACGGGAUGCAUCCAAUGUUGAUCUGCGUGUGGCGACCAUGAAAUUAAGCUCGUUGACCGAUGACAUUGAAGAAAUGAAGAGUCGACAUGAUCGUGAAGUAAAUGAAAUUAUGGAAAAUCAAUCGAAAGCCAUGGACACCAUGAAACAAGAUCUGAAUGCCAAGUUUCAGUCGGAAAUGGAAAAGGACUACGUGGCAAAAAUGAAAUACGAUGAAAUUGUGCGUCAAUUAGAUACGGCUACCAGCAAGUACGCUGAAUCGCAAUCUAUAAUCGACUUAAUGAAGGACACGGAACAAGAUUUGAACUCCCACAUUAUCGAGGCCGAGAAGAAUAUUCGUUUGUUGCGCAGAAGUUUGGGCGAGGCAAGCUUAUUAGCAUCGCAGGCGAGUGUAGAGCGUUCGAAAGCAAUGUCCGAAAAAUUGGCUGUGGAACAAGAGAACAAUGAAUUGCUGGCCAAGCUGGAACAAGCGGCCAAUGUUAAAAUGGAGUUGAACUCGCGCAUUGGAUAUUUGGAAAAGUCGAACGCUGAGCUGCAGAAUACUCUGGUUGUGAAUGAUACGCAGUACAAGUUAACAAAAUCGGCUAGUCAAGGGAAUGCUCGCUACUUGUAUCAGUUGAGUGACCAGUCUGAUUUCACAUCCGAUGAACUGAAGCCCAGCAAUCCAUCACCGGAUCUGGGAAUUGAAAGUGAUGCGAUAAGAACGUCUGGAAGUGAGCUGAACCAAGACAUGGUCACAAAAACGGAUUCACCUUUUACACCGAAAUUGAGAAAGGUGACCAAGGCGAUGGGAAGUAUUCUAUUGGAGGAUGACGGAGAAGCUGAAACCACCACAAACAAUUCCCCAUCGAAGACUGACAAUCAGAAUGGCACUGCACCACAUAACUGUGCCGAAGUCGAUAAAGAAAAUGCCGAGUUAAAACGUAAACUUGCCGGCACACACAAGGCUUACACCAACAUUCUGGCUCAAUUGAAAAUUUCCAAUAAUCGUAAGGAGCAGGUGGAACGUGAUAUUCGGCGCGAAAUUUGUAAGACUCAGAAUGUACUGAAGAAUGUUCGCACCAAUAUUGAAAGUGUUGCCAAGAAUAGUCCAAAUGGCGGAUACAAAUCCGACCAGAGUUAAGUUUUGUUCCAUUUCGAAAUCUGUUCUCCUCGUUUUAAUUUUCUUCUUUGAUUUGUGAAUCUUUUAAUUAAUUUUACGAACUUUUUAACCUAAUUUUAUAAUUUUAUCAUUAUUUUGUCGAUCGUUCAUAUUGAAUGCUCACGCGCUACUAAAGAGACAAAUGUAAGUAUUUUUGAAAGGAAAUGAUUGAAUCCGAUAAUUAUACUGCUACGAAUAAUAAAAGAAACCAUUUUUGACGAAA